AUGCAGCGGGUAAGUAGGAUUGCGGCGGCACCCUUCAAAAGUGUGCUGCGCCGCCACAAGUACCACCCGGAGGGUUUACCUCUCUACAAUGAGAUGUCAAAGCAGUGGUUGUGCCGCGAGGGAGAGCGCUGGUGGAUUCUCGAUGCUGCAGGCGAGCAGCUGCCGCAUGUGGCAGCAGUUGCUGCACAGUACAUAACCGGUCAACACCGGCCAGACUUCACACCAGGAAUGUUGACGGGGGACCAUGUUAUCAUUGUUAACAUCAAGGAUGUGGUCAUGGUAGGGGAUGAGUGGAUACGUGUUCCUAUUACGUGGCAGACAGCUUACCCAGGCGGGAAGUAUCGUAUUCGUCUCACCGAUAUGUAUGAGCGAGAUCCAUGCAUGCUGAUGUGGUGGUUCUUGAAGGAUGAAGUAAACCGUCACUUUGUGCGUAAACUGAAAACACGUGUGGCACCGUUAGAAAAAGCGUGGCUCUACGAGGAUAGUGUGCAUCCACACGCAGACAAGAACCCAAGACCACUGUGUUGGACAGAUCCAGUAGUUAAAGGAUGGAAAUAUAGAGAUCCACAAUUUAUUCGACGUUGGAAACCAAACGAAUUCAUGUCGUAG